AAUGUAGUUUUAUUUAUUAUACAUUAUAUAAUAAGUUUUUCUUAAAUAAAAAGUUUGUUACUUUAUUCUGAAUCCUGCAUUGGGUCCUCACCCCACAUCAUACAUAUAAUCCACAUUAUAACUCUCAGCUUGCAUUUGUCAUCCAUCCCUCUAACCUUCAGGUUGACUCCUGCCUCUGUGGAUAUGCUCCUGUUCUUUCUGUGCCUCAGCACAGUUUGACAGAAGGAAACAGACGUCGUUCCUCUCUGCACAGCGAUGGUUGGUGGUCAACGUUGUUAUUGUAGCUACUUCGUUCACAGCAUUGUGCUGCUGCUCUGUCUUCAUUAUGUGGAGACUUCCAGUGGAAAACGUGUCAUUCAUAAAAAAGUUGGCGAUACUGUGGAGCUUUCAUCAGGCUUACCAACUGAAGGUGUGACUGCAGCAACGUGGAGAUAUGGAGGAAUAAAUGUUGCAGACAAAGAUGUGGGUGUUUUUGAAAAAUCUCCAUUUAAGGACAAAUCAGAGCUGGACCUCACAGACUUUACUUUAACAGUGAGAAAACUGACUCUUCAAGAUUCUGGUGAUUUCAUGUUUAUCUCAGGCUUGAAUAACAAGCAAAGGCCUUCAGUCACCAUCACUCUGCAAGUUCAUGAGCCCAUAACUAAACAGCCUGUCAUAAAAAUUUCCUCAAAUGAAUCAUGUAAAGUUCUGCUGGAGUGCAGCGCAACUGGUGAUGUCAGCUACAAGUGGACUGUAGGAAAACAAACACUAACUGGUCCCAGUCAACAAUACAUCAUCAGGGAGCAGGAUGGAGAGACCAAUGUCACCUGCACAGUUUCCAAUCAUGUCAGUGAGAAGUCUGCAUUUCAAACAGUGACGUGCAGCAAAGAUCAUUCACACAGAAAAGAAACAGAGUGCAGCUCUUCUUCUUCUCAUGUCAUGUUCAUUGCUGGGCUGUUUACUGGAGUACUGAUCACUGUACUGUUGCUCUUUCUGCUUUACUGCAUAAAGUCAAAGGGUCUAUGUCACAAAAGGCUCACACAGUCUGAAACAAUCAACCAGGAAGAAAAUCAACAGCAUGUGUACUCGGCUCUUUCCCACGGUGAUCGUUGUGUUUAUGAGACAGUUAGAGGCUCUGAAGAUGCUGCACCAGGUGGAUCACAAAUACAGUGCAUCAAAUCAGACUAGAGGAGCUGCAGUUCUGCAUGUCUGUGGUAUUUUUUGGGUGUCUUAUUUUAAAUGUAAUUAUUAUAUCAAAUCCUAUUUGUUUUUAAAAACAGGAUGAUUUAAGAGCACAAUUACGCACAACUCAUUGUUACCCUGAAGAUUUAACACCAUUUUCACUGUAUAAAGUGGUAUGAAAGACUGUGUCUGUUUCACAUGACCUAGUUUGAAUUAUCUUGUGAAUCUUUGAAAGGAAAAAAAUAAAAAAC